CUUUAAAUUCACAUAAAUCUACUUAACUUCUAUAAAUAGAAACCACCACUAUCACUUCUCUCAUCAAACUUCUUUCUUUGAUUCUCUCUCUAGUUUUACAUACACAUAUCAAUCUUCUAUCACUGCAAGCAACAAUGAAGCAAAAAGUGUUGAUAAAGGUGAACAUGAACACUGACAAGUCCCGAUCCAAAGCUUUGAAAACAGUUGUUGGUCUUUCUGGAGUUGAAUCAGCAGCUCUUCAAGGGAAGGAAAAGGAUCAGUUAGAGGUUGUCGGAGAAGGAGUAGAUUGUGUUGUUCUUACAAGGCUUCUUCGGAAAUAUGUGGGUUAUGCCGAUUUGAUUUCCGUUGGGCCGGUGCCGGCGCCGGAGAAGAAGGCUGAUCCUCCUAAAGCAGCAGCUGUUGAGUCCACUCCCCAGAUGCCGAUUUGGGGAUACCAAUAUCCGGUCAUUAGUCAACCCUACUUUUAUGAAGUCAGAGAAACAGAUCCCGGUUGCUCCAUUAUGUAAAUAUAUUGAAGAAGAAGCUGGAAAUUGAUCAAGAAGAUGAUGCUUUUUUUUUUCUCUCUCUUUCUCUAACAGAGAAAAUGAGUUUAUCCUUCUCUGUUUUUUAUUUUGAUUUCAUUAAUUUAGUGAUUUUGUUUUUGAUAAAGUAGUAUAGUUUUGUAUAAUUAAAAAUAUUUUUAAUAAAUAAGAAAUUUUGUUUAACUUAGCA